AGCAGCACCCCCAGUAACGGCAACCAGAACAGCAGCAACGGGAAAAACGGUGACAACCAGGACCAGAGCAGCAACAACGGGCAACAGGGCAACAACGAGGAGACCAGCAACGAGAACAAUGGUGGCAACACCAGCCAGGGUGAAAAUGAGAACAAGGACAAGAACAAGGACGAGAGCCAGGGCGGCGACACCAGCACCGGCCAGGGCGGCGGCACCGGCGCCACACAGGACGACACCAACAACAACCAGGGCCAAGGCCACAAUACCUGGUGCAAUGAUGCAAACCAGGGCAACAGCCAGGACGGCGAUGGCACAAACCAGGGCAAUGACCAGGACAGCAACGGCACAAACCAGGGCAACAACCAGGACGGCGAUGGCACAAACCAGGGCAACGACCAGGGCACCGACACCGAGAACCAGGACAGUGACACCAAGAAGCAGGGCACCGACACCGAGAACCAGUCCAAGGAGGAUAACCAAAUAGACUCAUCAAGGAACACAAACCCACCACCACGCUCGACUUCCCUCGCUGCCGAGGAUGACAACUCUGUAGAGGACGGAGAAAACACCGGCGAGGAAGAGGCUGAGGCUGAAGAAGGCAGCGACACCUCCUCCUUCAAGGAGGAAAGAGAGAAGAGCGUUCCCUCCGUGCCGCGGGCGCCGGCGGAGAGCAGCCACUUCUUCGCCUACCUGGUGACCACGGCCAUGGUCGUGGCCGCCCUGUACGUGGCGUACCACAACAAGCGCAAGAUCAUUGCGUUUGCUCUGGAAGGAAAAAGAUCGAGAAGUGGUCGGCGGCCCAAAUCUGGCGAUUACCAGCGACUGGAUCAAAAGGUGGGAUCCACCCGGAGCGGGGCGGGCUGGGAGAGGGACCAGUCUGUGCUGAAAAUGUGA